CGUAAUUUUCUCGCGAUGCUUUCACAGGAAGACGUUAAUUUCAUUGAAAAUUCCCUUUCCUAUGAAGAUAAGGUAUCACUGAUAUUUCUUCUCUAUGGACACCGAAACCCUAAGUAUGCGCUGCAAAUCCUCGCCGUGGCUGAUCGUGCUCCAGCUUCUGAGGAAACAAGCUUCCUGGUAGACUGGAUGAAUUAUGUACAGCAGUCAAGUGAUUGGGAGAACGAACUACUGGAAGUGUUGAUCUUAAUGGAACAGAACCUGCUACUACUGCGUGCCGGUUACGAUGACGAGGAGCUGCGGUUAAAAUACUUCCCGCGCACAUCGGAAAUCGCUUUCCUAGUGCAUCCGAUGCUGAAAGGAUUGUAUCAUCUUUGUGAACGGUUAGAUGAUGCGAACGCGUCCAAACUCGUGAAUCAAUUGCAACAAUCGACGGGUAUUUCUUUACCACAGCAACGAUGCAUGGAAACGGUUCUGCUUCAUCUACUGUGCAACGAAAACAUUCAGCUAGGGUCGAAGCAUUCCGGACAAGAGUGUAAUCUUUUGAUGCUUACUGCUGCAUGUAAAGCGACCGAAUUAUACCAUGAGAGCGAUUUUCUCAAGAGUAUCGUUUCACACUUUAAUCAGCACAUUUCCAAGCGCGAUCAGGAACAAUCUGAUGCAACUGCAAAGUACAUUCCAAGUAAGAUCGAUGUGGUAAGCAAAAAUAAUCCAUCAGAUACUGUGGUAGCAGCAGCAGUCGAAUCAAAUCAUUCCCCACUAGAAUCGUACAAAUUCCAUCCCGAACGAGCCGGUAUCGUUUUGCUGAUAAAUCAAUUUUCCUUUUACCGUGAAACAAACCCCGAACUGAUUGGACUCGUGCCUGCCCGUCCGCUGAAGGAUCGCAAAGGCACUGAGGUGGACAAGAAUGCUUUGGAGCACUUGUUUACCGACUUUGGGUACGAUCUAAUAGUGGAGGAAAAUAUUACCCAUCACCAAAUACUGCAGGCAGUCCAGCACGCAGUUCAACGCAUGAAACCAAUACACUGUUCGCUGAUUGUGUGUCUACUUUCGCACGGCCAGGAAGGCAAAGUGUUCGGAUCAAACAGCAUUCCGGUGGAAGUGAAAGCGAUCCAACAAUUGAUGGCUAGCGAACGACUCACCGGGAAACCGAAGCUAUUGAUUGUGCAGGCCUGUCAGGGUGCGGAUUUACAAUCUGCUGUUCCAAUACAAAACCUCGAGCACGAUGGACUGGACGGGGGUGAGAGGACGGCAUCGGUGUUUAUGGAUUUUCUUGUCGCUUGGUCCACCGUGCCGGGAUUUGCAUCGAUACGCCACAUCGAAAAGGGUUCCUGGUUUAUACAGGAGCUGUGCACGAAAGUGCGUCAACUGUAUGGAAGUGAACAUAUUAUGGAUAUACUAACAGCUGUGAUAAACGAUGUAGCUAGCAAGCGAGGAUAUGGAAACGAAUGCAUGGUGCCAAUUAUACAGAGCACAUUGAGUAAAAAAUUUUACUUCUUGCGUCGAGCUUAACCUCAAGGAGCG